CGAGAGCACGGAUUCGUGUGUAUGUGUGUGUAUACCGGAGAGAGGAGACAGGGUGUUUGUGGUAGAAGACAAAUCUGAUUAAUAAAUGUGAUCAAAUGUUCGUGGAGAAAACAGCACGGUGUCUUAUUAAUUGGGAUGACUUCCAGCAUUGAUGAUGUUGGCCGCAUCCAUGGAGGACAAAGAGGCGAGGUUAACUCGGAUCUCCUCUUCAGUUCAACCUUUUCAGAUCGCUACAAGGCCUGCUUUCACAAGUGAAACGGUGCUUGAGAACAAAGUGGUCUCCAUGGCAAGUAAGGACUGCAGCUUGGUUCAGUCUUCACCUGCUGAGGCGAGCCUAGCCAAGCCUGCUGUAGCAUCAGCUGCUAAAUCUGAGGGGAUUGUUGAUGCUGGGCAAGCUGUUUCAAAUAUCGCCUCAGCUUCGGACUCUCUACCAUGCACUGUAACAGACUUGGGCAGCGACACACCAGUGAGACCAUCUACCACAUUUGGCAAUUCAGAACUUGCAGAUAGCUUUCCUGCUGUGUUGACCUACAAAGGUGUCAGCGUGUCUUUGGAGAAUAACAAAGUGUGGCAGCAGUUCUUCAGCUGUGGAACUGAGAUGAUUCUUACCAAACAGGGGCGUCGCAUGUUCCCGUACUGCAGAUAUCGUCUGACUGGCCUGGAUCCUGAGCAGCAGUACAAACUUAUCCUAUCCAUAGAUCUGGCCGACCAGUACAAGUACCGCUGGAACUCUUCCAAGUGGGAGGUCAGUGGAAAAGUGGAGCACCAGGCUGAGGGUGUGGCCCGAGCAUUUUCCCACCAUUACUCACCCAGUCGAGGCGCAACGUGGAUGGGGAGCUUGAUAUCUUUCUACAAACUCAAAUUGACCAAUGGCACCCUACCAGGAGGUCAUGUGGUACUACAUUCCAUGCAUCGAUACAUUCCGAGACUCCAUGUGAUACCUGUCAUCAGUGGGGGUGUACCCACACUGGACCAACCUGCGAUUACAGGACCAGACAUCAUGACUUUUACUUUUCCACAAACUGAGUUUAUGGCAGUGACGACUUAUCAAAACUUCAGAAUCACCCAGCUGAAAAUUAACCACAAUCCCUUUGCAAAGGGUUUUAGGGACGUUGGGCUCAAAUUCCACUUGAACAGAGUCAGGACUGCUUCUCAUCCUGUGGGGAAGGAGGACCUGAAUCCAACCAUGUUGAAACCAGCUGUACCUGAAGAAGAGAAAAGUGAGCUGGAGAAUCUGAGGACUACAGACCGCACCAACUCUGCUGCUCUCUCAAGCGAACAAGACGCUUCAUUGGCGUUGAAGCCCGUGAUGUUGACCUCUGCCAGUCACGAUAAAUCACCAGCCCAACCUGCUGGAAGCAACUGUGGUCAUGGUGAGCUGAUGCCUUUGGAGAAACGUCCACCUCUGGAACCAAACAACAAAAAUGGGGCCGUUAAUGUCAUCUCAAAGCUGCGAGUACCCACAGGUCUGAAACCAUUCGUGUCUCCCAAAGCAUCAUCUGCUAGGUACUGCAGGAGACGCAAGAAGAAAAACAGACAUUGGGGAAAUUCCCAGGGACGUCAGUGGAAAGCCAUGGCUGCCUCCCCCACGUUAGUCCGCAGCCCCUCAUUGACUGUCGCUAUGCAACCGGAACUGGAUGAUGUAGAGGGCCUGCUGUUUGUGUCGUUCAUCUCAAAGGAAGCUCUUGAUGUUCAUGUUGGGGUCAAGCCAUCCAGCGGCCCAUCAUGUGGAAGAACUCAAACAGAUGAGCGAUGCAGAGAUGAGGGAUUGUCCUUCAUCUCCCGGACAGGAAAGACUAACGACGUUACAAAAAUAAAGGGAUGGCAAAACAAGUUUGUUAGAAGCAGCAAUGCUUCUCUUUCAAAAUGUGAUGAAGGCUCAAAUAGAGACCAGUCCGCUUUCUGCAGUAACAUGCUCGAUGAGUAUUUGGAAAGCGAAGGUCAGCAGAUCGCUGAGCGUGCAGCUGCCUUCUCCACCAUCCCCGAAGGCCCCGUAGCCUAUUGGUUACCCGAUAAAAGCACCAGCUAUGUGAAGACCCUCGACAGUGCACUAAAACAUCGCAGUGUCACAUUGAAAUCACCAUUGGAGGGGAACACCUCUUGUCCCCUUUCAGACAAAUCCCUUCAGUGUUCUGCCCUGGCAUCAUCAGCGCCCUCUGUGGACAGCCCUGAAGCGCAGUCACAUUUGCAACCAAGUGCAAAGCUCCCUGAUGUUUCAGAAAGAUCACCCACACGGCACAGUCGGGUCAACAGGAGACGAGGUGCGAACUUUGUGCAGAGGCGUGGAAACACACUGCGACCUCAAAAAGACUAUAAGAGCAUUCUCAAACUCCAGGACAUCGAAAUGGAAACAGCCAGCCAGGGCCUGAAUAAAUCACAUCUGACUCGAAAGCGGUUGUCUGCGUCUCUGUCCGCACUGCAGACGGCGACGAAUCAGAUGAUGCCCCACCAGGUUCAAAAAGCACCAGAGGCUCCUCCUCCCAAUGUUGCCAGGCCUAUAUGUGGCAAGCAGCACUGCAACCUUGGUUGUGUGUGUUCCAGUAUCGAAUGUGCGAAAAGGGAAGUGGGUCACUGUCGGCACCCUGAAUGCAUGUUUGACUACGUCUGCUUGAAAGUGGUGGCAAACAUGGAUCAGAAGAUCCAACCCAACCCAGUUUCCCAUUUUAAGAAACUGGGGGACUGCACCACUGAUGAGCUGGACCCGGAGCCACUUCAUAUCCCACAGUGUGGCGUGUUCGCAGCCCCUAUGCAGCCCCAAACGUACACCCCUGCAAUGCGCACCCCUGCAAUGCAUAAUGUUAACGUGAUACGAGAAGAGGAUAAGGAUCCCGUCUAUAAAUACCUAGAAAGCCUGAUGACCUGUGCACGUGUGAGAGCAUUCAAGAGCAAGCCACCUUCUGAAGCGACCUUGGAGAUGAAGUACAUCACCUCUUCUACACUGAACGCCAAAACAUUGCAGAAGGCUUCAGGCAACCUGCCAAAAACAUAUCGCAGAACGUUGCUAGCUGUUAAAAAACCAGCAGGGAGUAUCCCUUCAGGAGCCAGAAUAAAGAAACAAAUUGAGAUUCAGUCAGGUUGCAAGUGGAACCAGGACCGCGAAAUGAUCCUAGAAGCAUUAUAUCAGCGCAUGAAUGAGGGCAGGCUGUCUCAGCGGUUCUGCAUGGGACCGUACUACAUCCGCCCAGUCACCAGAAUCUUUAUGCGGAAGCCCAGUGGAUCCAUCCUCACCUAUAGGGUUCACAUAAGUAAGCCGGGAAAAGGCAGUGAUGACGAGGAUGAAAGUGUGGAGGAAAAUGGCUCUGCGGAGGAUGACGGCUCUGAUGAGCAGGCUGUGCAGAAAUAUGGCGUGAUCCCCUUCCUGAGUCGCGCUAUUCCUGCUGGGACACUGAGGGCGAAUAAGAAACCUGUUGGCUGUAUUGGUACUGGUCUUAUACAGGUAAAUGGAAAAUCCUACAAUCAGGCCAAAUUGUUGCUGGGCAACAUGGGAUCUCUCCAUCCAGCAAACCGCCUUGCGGCGUAUGUCACCGGUCGGAUUAAUGCUCCGAGCAGCAUUUCUCUUCAGACCUCCGACUUUAAAAACAGCACAAAUGCGCUUCAGUCUCACCGUGUGAAGACUACAGGCACAGUCAUUCCUCCAGUUAUCACUGCAAGAGCAACAACUGACCACAAGGCGCCAAACCUCUCACCAGUCCAACGACAGCCUUUAAUAAUGGAGUCCAGCUCCUCCCCUCAGCAUUUGCAAACCGCUGCCACCAUCAGCUUCAACCAGCACAACUCAGUCAACCACCGACUGAACGGCUCCAUGCCCUCACCUGUCUCCCAGACUGCGUCCCUGUCACUGAAGACUCCCAGCUUCCUGGGAGAGAGUGGGACCUAUUCAUUCAGGAUCUGUCCUCCGACCAACCAGGGCAACACAGGCGGUAGCCAGAAGCGAGGAGGCGUCACCCUGCCUGGAGGCUUCACCAUCAUCCAACUCCCAAAGCCUGGUGCUAACUGCGCAGAAUCUGGAAAAACCAAAGAGGACAAUGGCAGUGUUGUCCCACUACAGAUUGCAUUGGUUGCUCGUGGCUACUCUGUAGGUAAAGCUGAUAACCACAGUGGAGCUGCAAACCACGCCAUCACAGCAGCUAAAAACCAGUCAGACAGUAAACCAGUGGAUGCUGGCUCCUCCCCCGAGCUGGUCUCUGAGGAGAAAAUGCCAGCAGAUGAGAAAAAUGAAACCAAAAAACAGCUGCUGAAGAGUCAGGAAGACUCAUAUGUUGAUGUUGUUUCAGAAGAUUUGACCUCAGACGGUUCGGAUUAUUCAGCAGAGGAUGAUGGAGACCAAACUGAGGAAAUGGUGGACAUUGAGACAGUUGAAGAAGAGAGUCAGCAAAUGGUCAUAGCUAAACUGAGGGAAGGUGUCAGCAUGGAACAAGGGUCACGGGAUUCUGAUGACCAUUGUGGCGCAAUAAACAAAGUCCAAAAGCAAGAAGUGGUCAGGAAGAAAACAAAAAUUGUAACCAACCAUACAAUGCUCGAGAGGAUACGGCGGUCUGAACAACGUGACCUCUUUGAAAGACUUCAGAAAGCUCUUCAGGUUGACCCCAAGGCCUCCAGACACUACCUUCUCGCAUCGGGGGUACGAGAAAUCAGACACCUGGUUGAGACCUCCAAACGACUGGAGCAAGAGAAGAAGAAUUUAGCUGAGAUUCAAGCCACUUAUUUGAAGAAGCUUUCUUUUUUUUCUGGAAAAUCACAGAACCUGAUUAAACAGAAGGUGAUGGAGAUCUGUAAGAGGCAGAAAAUGAAAGAAAUAAAGCAGAGUUCAUGUCUUCCUGUUUGUCACAUGCCCCACUAUAAAACGCCUGUCUUACAAAACACUAGAUUGCAGUCCGUAACACAACCUCAGCCUGACCGAGACGUUGUUUCUGCCCAAACCAGUGCAACCCAGCCCAUGCCACUACCUCACCCUGUCUCUCACAUGGUUUCUGCCCAGAACAAUGCAACCCAGCCUAUACAACCACCUCAACCUGUCACACGCAUGGUUCCUGGCCAAAACAAUGCCAUCCGUCCCAUACAACCACCUCAGCAUGACCCAGACAUGGUUCCUGUCCAGACUGAUGCAUCUCAGCACAUACUGCCACCUGAGCCUGACCCACAUGUGGCUCUAGCCCAAACCACUGCAGCCCAACCAACAACACUACCUCAACCUGACCCACAUGUGGUUUCAACGGAAAGUAAUGUGCCUCAGCCCAUAACAGCACCUCAGCCUGACCCCCAUGUGGUUCCAAAGAAAACUGUGUUUCGGGUGUUCAAAUCACCCCAGACUGAUGUAUGUAUGAUUCCAGUCAAAAUUAAGGUCACUGGACCGAUAACACCAUCCCAGACUGACUCGUGUGUGGUUCCAAUCAAAAUCCAGGUCACUGCACCAUUGAAGGCGUUGCAGACUGACUCGCAUGUGGUUCCAGUCAAAACUAAGGUGCCUGGCCAGUUGACGCAACAACCUCAUAGUGACUCACAUGCGGUUCCUACUCAGACUAGUGGGCCUCAACCCACAUUCUCAGCCCAACCUGACCCAGACAUUCCUACAGUCCCAACCACAACGAAACAGACCAUAUCUCCAUCCCAACCUGAUCUUCACAUGGCUCCCACACCAGAUGUUGCGCUUCAAGAAACACCACCAUCAGAAAAAGAGCAGGCAAAAGAGGAUUCAUUGGCUUCAGUUGUACUUGGUCAUAAUCAGUCCAUUCUGGAGGACGAUCAGGAAGUCCCUGAACCCCCAGCCCAGAUCACCAUGCCAUGCAGUCCUGAAGUAGAGAGCCAGUCUCAAACACCUUCAGACCCAGCUACAACUCAGGCCCAGGAUAGUUUGUCUGAACUUUCAUCUCCAGUCCAGUCAAACAAACAUAUUGUGCAUCUUUCUAAGCCUGUGACUCUUCCUCUGAUCCGCUCCAAAACCGGCAGACUCAUACUUCCGUCGUCUCUGAAGCCAUCUGGUAAAGGCUAUUACGCAUUCAUGCUUAUGAACGACAAUAAGCAGGGAAAUGAGAGCAAGGCUCACUCUUCAUCUGAUGCGGAUUCAACGAAGAACCAAGAGACAAGCCUUCCUGAAGCUGAGCAAAUAUUGGAUCCAGAAACUAGUCAAAAUGCAGAACAGUCAAAGACAUCUUCUCUUCUUGUGGACCAAACUGCUCAGUCUUCAGAGCCGAAGCCAAAAGGCUCUGAGAUAACGUCACCUCUAGUCAAGCUUGCCCUCCUUAACCAGUCAAUCAAUGCGGCAUCAGGGGCACUGAACCCUCAGGAUACAAGCAAGGACAGGGGCUCAAUGACUCCAGAAAAAAUCCAAAAUAUUUUUGAAGGUUUUAAAAGUCUUGAGGAGAGCAAGAAGACACUGACUCAGAUGCAGUCCGAGUAUAUGAAGGAGGCCACCUAUUUGACUGGGACACCAGAGAAGCAGUUGAAACCAAAACUGAAGGAGCUUUGUGACUGGCAGAAACAGGAGAAAACAAAAGAAAUGGAGACUGACUUUUACUUUUCCCGUCUACUUCAAGAGAAAGCUGCUCUUGUGCAAAACUCCACUGAGCAAUCUAAGGCCCAUCCUCAGUCUGACUCACACAAAACGUCAACCCAAAUUCCUGCCCAGAAGAUCACACAGUCAUUACUCAAAGAAGCACUCUCAUCACCAAAGGAGCAUCUACAAGGUGAUGCUCUGGCUUCAGUCCCAGCCAGGCAGUCUCAGCCCUUGGUGGAGAACCUUCAGGAAGCAUCUGGAGACCAAGCCAAGGUCACCAUGCCUGAUUUCCCAAUGGAAAACAACAAUGGAGCAACAACUGAAGCCCCAGCGGAAGCCUCACCUUCAACCCCGUUAAACACCCACACUGUAUCAUCCCCAAAGUCCUGUACUCUUCCUCUGAUCCGCUCCAAGACCGGCAGAAUCAUACUUCCUUCAUCUCUUAAACCAAUUGGUCAAGGCUACUACACGCUCAUAGUCAACAAACUCAAGGAGAGUAUUGAGGAGAGCGAGGUUACUGCUUCCCCUAAUCCAACGCCUUCUGACGCAGACACCUCCAACAACCAAGAUAAGAGCGUUUGUGAGUCUAACCAAACUUUAGAUUCAGAAAAUAGUCAAACCACAGAUGCGGCAGAUGCAUCAUCUCCCCAUGUGGACCAACUUUCAAAGCCCAAUUUGGCUGUUCAAACAACCCCCUUAGCAAAGCUGUCCUUCCUCAACCAAUCAGGCCUCACACCGUCGGUGACCCUACAACCUCUGAAGAUGUGUAUGAAGGGAGGCGGAGUGGCGGGUUUGAACAAAACCAUGCCGACGGCCUGUCUGAGUUUUAACCGCAUGAACGUUGAGCCUCAACCCGAGCAUGUGGUGUUUCGCCGUCGCCGAGGUAGGCCUCGAAAGUGCAUGAUGCAGCGAGUAGAAGCAUGCACAAAUGUGAUAAACAAUGAAAGUGACACACCUGUGGAGGAUAGUAAAAUUAAAAGUGAGCAUGAAACAUUUCUCGCCGAAGAGCCUGGUAAAAGCGGUUUAGUGGAAGUGACACAGACACGAGCUGAAGAUUCCUCCGUAGAGGUCAGUGAAGUAGAUGAUAGCCCUGUGCUGGUGAAACGGAGAAGAGGGAGACCUCGGCGCAUCAAAAGUGCACAACUCAGGAGUCCUACUGCAACUUGUGAUGAUGACCAGGAGUCAUCUCUUGUGGCACAGCCAGAGCACAGCCCCUCAAAAUCCAGUCCAUCAUCAGAGCGAUUGCGUCGAUAUCUGCAAAUAAUUAGAAACCGUGACACUAAAUCCGGACAAGGCCCCACAGAAGCCGUUUUGCUUGGCAAUAUGAACGCAUCGCGGCCGUUGACUCGAGGUGCAUUGGGGAAAGACUUCCCAAGUGCAAAGAAACGGUCCUGGGUAGACGUGGAAAAGGAACUGGAUCCCGAACUGGACUCGGAGUAGUGAUCCAACCUUUCUACCUCAAUAACAGCUAACGCACGAGGUCCAUUGAUCUCAGUCUGUCGCUGAAACCUCAAAACACUUCUAAUAUAGCAGCAUCAUCUUAAUGACAUUUCUUCUUUGUUCAUUACUACGGCAGAAAAUAUUGCACCAUAAUUCUGACCAGAUGUGCCUGCUUGUAAAUCCAAAGAACCAAUGAAUUAAUACCUGAUACUAUGCGUUUUGUACGUGUGCAGCAUUAAGUGGAGUGGACUCCGUCUUUGGGGUAAGUUUGUUUUCCGGUACAAAGAAUGUGAGAGCGGACUUAUGAAUGAAUCCCACAGUCAUGUUUGAUAUCUUGUUUCCUAAAGUCGAUCUUUUCUAUAAAAUUUUUUGAUUGCUUUGAAUGACACACUGGAUGAGAUUUAAUUAAAUUAACUUUUUUUUUUUUAAGUUGUUUACAUCUGAUCUGCUGUAGCACUACCAGUGGACACUUGCUUUACUUUUGUUCACACUUGCACACUUCCGUUCAUUAUAUUGUGUUUGAGUUCUGUACCUCAGAAGGAUGUUGCGCUGACUUUAUUUAUCCCAGGAUACAUUUAUUCGUGUUUUCCAGAUUUCGCCAAAGAAGUUAACAUGAAGGGAAACUAUACUGUAGCUGGUGUCGAGUAGCUGGCACCAAAUCCUACUCACUGUUUAAAGAUUCUUGUAGUGUAAUUUUACAUGCUUAUUUUGCUGGUACCAUAUCUUGGCGUAGUAUAUUUUAUGUACAAUGUUAUGAUGUCGUCCUGCCUAAAACAUGAAGUAAUAGACAGCUGGUAAAUAUAAAUUAUUUUAGUAAAACAUAAAUGAUGCUUUGUUUUCAUUACUUGGGAUAUUUUACAGUUAUGUGAUUGGGCAGUGUUGACCUUGGUGGGUAGUGAAUCUUGGUAUCAGUUCAUCUUCAUUAUCAAGAUGAUGCUAUGAGUUAAAUUAUCUGCGUGAGUUGGACUCAUUUUGGGGCAAUUCGCAUUUGUUUUUUGACAUGAAAUCAUUGGAUGUUUUAAUUGUGAUAUUUCUGUUUUGACACUGAAAGGGGAACAUAAGCAUUUUUAAAAAUAUAUUUAUGGUGCCUUAAACAUUUUCGCAAUGAGGGUCAUGCAAGAUAUUGUAUUCUUUAAAGACCCAAAAUUGUUUUCCAAAUGUAUAUUACAUAAAGCUGAAUAUCCUUUCUUACUACUGUAAAUAUAAUAAAAUAUGUAUUGUAGUGUUUGCAAAUUAUUCAACCCAA